GCUCCCUGUCGACCGGAGUCGAAAAGAUGGUGGCCAGCGCUCGAGUACAGAAGCUCCUCCGACGAUAUAAACUAGCGAUUGCCGCCGCGCUGACCAUCCUCCUGAUCCAAGGGCUGGUAGUAUGGAGCCUGAGAAGUCUGGAAGAAGGCGAGGCAGAGAGAAAAACACGACGGUCUAAGCUGCCGGACCACAACAGCCAGGACCCCAAAAGAGACGCUGCACUUUGGGAGAAACAAAACUCUUUGUCAGGGAGGAACAGGGGCAGAUGGAGCACCAGGUUGGAGAGGACAGGAGGUACAGCAGCCAGUGCGCUGAGGAGAGGAACCGGCAGGCGAGGAGGGAAGCCCAGCAUCAGGCUGAAGUCUCCCCAGGACCGAGGGAUGACAGGCGCUGGAAUGGACGCUGUCAUCCCCCAUGACUUGUCCAGCAGCCGCAACUUCAGCGAGACCAGAGGAGGCACAGAUGGGGCAGCUAAGCUACCUGCUGCUGCCAUACCGGGGGAGCCGGGCAGCGUGGACGGCGCACACCAAGCCCCCAGCAGUGACUUUGUGCCUAAAUGUGAUAUCAUAGGCAAGGACGCUCUGUCUGCCCUCCAUCGCGCCGGGUCACAGCAGUGCCGACAGGAGAUCGCCAACAUCGUGUGCCAGCAUCAGGCUGGUCAGCUCAUGCCAGAUGCACUUCCUCAGUUCUGCCCCCAACUUGGUGUGUCAAAUCCAGUUCAGGCCGCAGGCGAGCUGGACAACAGCCUGUCCAAAGUGGAGAACCCUGUCAGGGUGGCUUUUGUUCUGAUGGUCCACGGCCGUGCCGUACGGCAGCUCAAGCGCCUCAUCAAAGCCAUAUACCACCGUGACCACUACUACUACAUCCAUGUGGACAAGCGGUCCGGCUACAUGCAUCGAGAGGUCCUGCAAAUAGCACAACAGUUCCCAAAUGUGCGAGCCACGCCCUGGAGGAUGGUCACCAUCUGGGGGGGUGCCAGUCUACUGAAGGCCUACCUGCGCAGCAUGCAGGACCUGCUCUCCAUGCUGGACUGGAAAUGGGAUUUUUUCAUCAAUCUCAGUGCCACAGACUUCCCCACCAGGACCAAUGAUGAACUGGUGGCUUUCCUGUCGCAGAACAGAGACAAGAACUUCCUCAAGUCACAUGGGAGAGAGAAUGCCCGGUUUAUUAAGAAGCAGGGCCUUGACCGUCUCUUCCACGAAUGUGACAACCACAUGUGGCGUCUCGGGGAACGCAACAUCCCAGAAGGCCUGGAGGUCUCAGGUGGCUCUGAUUGGUUUGCGCUCACCCGCCGUUUCGUGGAGUACGUCAUCAACUCCCAGGAUGACCUGGUGUCAGGGCUCAAGCAGUUCUAUUCCUACGCUCUGCUCCCCGCUGAGUCUUUCUUCCACACGGUGCUGGGGAACAGCCAUAUGUGUGACACCCUGGUGGACAAUAACCUGCGCGUCACCAACUGGAAUCGUAAGCUGGGCUGUAAAUGCCAGUACAAGCACAUUGUCGACUGGUGCGGCUGCUCUCCCAAUGAUUUCAAACCACAAGACCUCAUCCGGAUUCAGCAAUUGACCCGUCCGACAUUCUUUGCCCGUAAAUUUGAGUCAACAGUGAACCAGGAGGCCAUAGACAUCCUGGACACUCACCUGUAUGGCCAGUACGCUCCGGGCACCGUCGCCAUCAAGGCGUACUGGGAGAGCCUGUUUGAGCAGCUGGAUGGCGUUGGCUCACUCAGUGAUGUAGCUCUCACUGCGUACACUUCUUUCUUUCGCCUGGGCCUGAAAAGCCUGGCAACUACUCAGAGCAACGUGGAGACCUGCAGGUUUGAACCAGUGGGCCACCCUCUAUCAGUACACUUGUACUUUUAUGAUGACCGUUUCCAAGGGUACCUAGUGCGUCAGGAAGCCCAGGCAGUGGGGUCAAAGGUCAGGGAGACACUGGAGAUUUGGGCAGUGCCCCAGGCCUCCUUCGUCCUCGAGACAAACCUUAAAGAGUUUGAAAGGCUCAAGAAUCUGGAAAUCGGCACAGAGUGGGAUCCUAAGGAAAGAAUCUUCCGUAACUUUGGUGGGGUGAUCGGGCCUUUGGAUGAACCCCUGGCAGUCCAGAAGUGGGCCCGUGGUCCCAACCUCACAGCCACUAUUGUGUGGCUCGACCCGGCUCUGGUGGUGGCAGCGUCGUACGAUAUUACAGUGGAUGUGGAUGCAGAGUACACCCAGUACAAGCCGCCGCUGCAGCGCCCCCUGCGCCCUGGGGCCUGGACAGUACGGGUGUUGAAGCAAUGGGAGCGCGUGGCAGAAGUUCACUUCCUUGUCAUGCCACUAACUUUCAAGGAUAAGGAGCCACUACGCAAAGAGGAGGACAGCUGGCUCCAUGCAGGUCCUCCAGGGAACCUGUACCUGGAGCAGAGUUUCCAGCAGCUGAGCUCCAUGCUGAAGCUGCCACCCCAGGAGCCUGCCAUGCAGGAGGCCCAGCGUAAUGCUCAGCUCGUGGGCCAGCCCCUUGAAGCGUGGCUGGACAACAGCGUGAGGACCUUCUGGGUUAUAGGUGACCUGUGCACCACACAGGCUUCCUCCUGCCCAGCUUUGGGACAUUGCUCUAAAACCUCCUGGAGUUCUCUGUCCCCAGACCCCAAGUCUGAACUGGGCCCAAUCAAAAGUGAUGGGCGGAUCAGGUAGCCCUAGGGAAGGAGAGACUGUUGACUAUAACACAUACACAGGGAGACUGAGGUAGAGCUGGACCUACACUGGAGAGCUCCAGGAGAACCCAUGUGAACCGGAUAUUGUCCCAAAGGUCAGCUCAGAGCUCAAGGGCAUGUGAACAACAAGGCAACUUCCUGCACUGAGGAGUGAAGACAUUACUAGUGAAGUGGUAAUACAGAGAGGAGGAUAUGACUGCUGGAAAUUUGCACAUAGACGAUAGCAAUCACAAAGACUUGUGUCAUUGUUUGCUGAAUGGUUACAUCAAAUGCCAGAUGCGUUGUAGUGUUAUUUUGCUGGCACACAGGUUUUCAGUCAGGGUCGGAGAGAAAAAGAACCCCCUGCACAUGUUUGAACUCAUGUUUGCUUUGAAAGAAUCAGAAAGCAGGCGUCAAAACUCAACUACAGCAGGCUCCUCUCUGGGCUUCUCUCUUCAUUUCAAGGGAGAGUGGAACCUCUGAAUCAUAUUAUUGUGCUUAUUUUAAAGCAUAACUAUGUAAGCAUAUGGAGCAGACAGAGGAAGUGCACUUUACUGGAAGACUAUUAUGUUACACAGAGGUCACUCGGUUACAGUGCGAGGAGCGGGAGUUAAAAAGUCAUGGAUAAGGUCACAUCACUUCUUCAUUUUACAGUAGACAAAUACCUGCACCGUGACUCGCCGUUGCACAGACACAUCGGUAAAUACUCGGACUGUAACCUGGGUUAGGAAAAAAUAAGGAAAGAGAGUGAGUGGGGUUCUUAGAUUUCAAGUCUUCUUUUAUUUUUAGCUCUGUUUACUGUGACAUAUCGUUCAUUUUUUACGUAUUUGUUAGUUCCCUGAAGUGGCAGGUAAAGUGUUAAGUCUUUGCAAAAAAAAAAAAGAAAAUAUGCCACUCUCAGUUGUUUUUCGGG